UAAAAUUUGGAGGCAUCUGCUUUAAUGUGUCAGACUAAAGAGAGCGUUGUAUUAUUGAAUUCUUUAGGGUGUUUUUCAUCUCUUGGUGCAGUUUUCUGAGAAAAUGAAUAUUCCUGUACAGUAACUCUGCAGUAGUCAAUGCAGAAGUCUCAUAAAGAUUGCCUACAUUUUUGCUCUGUUAUUGACAUAAAUGCAUACAGUAAAAGACACCUUGCCUUAGCUGAACAACAAAAAUAAUCUUAUUUCCCAGCAUUAGUUUUCUUCUUUCAGUGGAAUACUCCCCACACUCCCCCAAAAAUCCGGAAUGUUUUCCCUGCGAUGGCGCCAACGUCGGGUGCGGCUGCGGCGCUUGGCCGGCUCUCGGUCUGCUGUGCAGCUCUUCGUGGGAGAAGGAGAUGGGGCUCGUUCCAGUCAAUAACCAAAUUAUGGAGGACUGCUCAGAGGCAGGCCAGUGGCGAGGCCCGCACAGCGCCUCUUCAGUAUGCCACGCGUCCUCUCCUACACGAACUCCGACUACGGUUUUCCUUGGUUAAAUAACUCUGUAUCUUUGACAAGAUAUCCUUUUUCCAUGGAUGAGCAACUUCUGACGGUGUCAUCAGUUUUUUUUUUGCACUUAAGCUGAAUAAAAAUACAGCACUCCUGGAUAUCACCCAAAUGAAGAGGGAUGUAUAAGCUUCACUGUCCAGUCGUAGCGAUGAUGACCAUAACACUGACAGAUCUUCUUGUCAGUCUCUGUGGCUCUCACCAACAUCCAUCAGGAAGAUACACCUGUAAUAUUUCCUUGGAGAAGCGCUUUGCAGACUGCAAAGGGCUCCACUUGACUCAGAUGCCUAUCGGUCUCCAUUCCUCGUUAGAGGAACUGGAUCUAUCCUCCAAUGCACUUCAAGGUAUCAGAGAAGGUGAUUUGUCCAACCUAACUAAAUUGCGGGUCCUCAGGCUUCAGUAUAAUAAUAUUUCUGUAAUUGAAGAUCAAGCCUUUCAAUACAACACCCUCCUUGAAGACCUAAACAUCUUUAAUAAUUCCCUUAGGUCUAUCCCAGCCAAAGCCCUAGAGCCCCUAUCUAAGUUAAGAAUACUGGAUAUGUCCAAUAAUUUUUACACCGAGGCCACUCUACCUGAUAUUUUCUCCACAUUCACCCAACUAAAAAUACUUUCCAUGGGUGGUCCUCUCAUACCAAGUCUGAAGAAGGAUGACUUCUGGACCUUGCAAAAUAUAACCUUGGAAAAGUUUGCCAUCAAAAGUGCAUCUAGCCUUUUGCGCUAUGAACUAGGCUGUCUAAAGUUUAUCAGGACAACGAGGAUGUGGUUUGAUGUGGCCUUAGACCAAAGGCCAGAUGCCCUGCCCUUGAUGCUACAAGAUCUAGCCAACAAAUCAUUCACUGAGCUCCGUUUCAGGAACCUUUUUGAGUUCACAUACUACACUGGUAAAGAAGACCUUCUACAAGGCUUAAAGCACAUCAGAAUGCGUCAACUAGUCUUUUAUCGUGGCAAGUUCAAUGAAAACCUUCUGAGGAUGGCACUGGUGAACCUCCAGAACUCAUCUGUUAAAAGCCUUGGACUCCUGUUUAUUGACUUUGCUCGGUCACCAACGUUCGUAGACAGUGGUUCAGAUUCAAGUGUCACAAAUCUUGUCCUAGAUGAACUGUUUCUUUGGGAUAUCAGUAAUCCAGACAUACUGAGAUUCGACUGGCGCUUUACAUGGUUUAGCAAAGUCCGCCGACUCUCCAUAAAGAAUGUCAAUUUUAACUUCGUGCCAUGUGAUGCUUGGAAUGAGAUGAAGGCAGUGGAGGAGUUGGAUGUUUCUAACAAUCGGCUACAAGAUGAAUACAUUUAUAACAAGCGUUGUGACUACAAGAAAACCCUUCCUGUCCUCUCCACCUUCAAUGUCAGCAAAAACCAGCUAACAAAGCUGAGGGAUGUGGUGGCUCUUGUUGGAGAAUUUAAGAAUAUGCGUGUGAUAGAUCUGAGCUACAACCAGCUGGGCUCCUCGGAAAUAACGAACCUCGAAAAUAACAAAUGUAAUUGGAAGCAAAACUUUACAAAAGUGAUCCUUCAUCACAACAACUUUAUCAGCAGUGACCUUAGUUGUCUACCAAUAAAUGUUGAGUAUCUGGACCUCUCCUACUGUAACCUAGACCACCUGGACAUGGAUUAUUUUGAGAGAGUUUCUAAUCUGAAGGAACUCCUGCUCAGUGACAAUAAGAUCAAGUUCAUUCCUUCUGGAUGGAGUAAUCCCACCUUGCAGUCACUGACACUAGAUGGAAACAGCUUUGGACUUAUUAGCAUGGGUUCAUUUAAAGAUAUGCCAAAUCUGUCAAAUUUAAAAGCAGGUAACAACCCUUAUCACUGCACCUGUGACCUCCAUACCUUCUUUCAGGAGACUGCAGUCAAAGGAAAGGUCAAUAUCACGGACUGGCCGGAAAACUACCGCUGUUACCACCCUGAAUCUUUCCUUAACUUGAUGGUGGCCAAGUUCUCUCCUGGCUCUGUAGCAUGUGACAUCAGACUUGUCGUCAUUAUUUCUGUCGCAACUACAGCCACUGUGGUGCUGGCUAUUAUGUUGCUGUGCUAUGUGUUUAAUGUGCCUUGGUACAUGAGGGCCACCUACCAGAUUCUCAGGGCAAAAUAUCGGGCCUACCAGGAGGGGUCAGGACUUUCUCAAGAAUUCGACUAUCAUGCCUUCAUUUCUUACAGUCAUUCAGAUGCAGAGUGGGUGAGGGAUCAGCUGCUGACCUACUUAGAGAGCAGCAACCCCCCCUACCGCAUCUGCAUUCAUGAGAGAGACUUCAUGCCAGGAAAGUGGAUUAUCGACAACAUUAUUGAGAAUAUCGAGAACAGCAGGAAGGUCAUCUUUGUAUUAUCACGGCACUUUGUCAACAGCGAGUGGUGCAACUACGAGCUUUACUUUGCCCAGCAACGAGCCAUUGGCAAGACCUUCAGUGAUGUUAUUCUGGUGGUUAAGGAACCCAUUGACCCAGAGUCUCUGCCCAACAAAUACUGCAAACUCAAGAAAAUGCUAAACACCAAGACUUACUUAGAAUGGCCUAAAGAAACAAAGCAGCAGGCCUUCUUCUGGGCUCAGCUGAAGAGUGUUCUGGGCAAACCCACCUUCACCAGAGAUCAAGCUGCCAGCACUAGAAACAGAAACUCGGCAGCUGCUGUUUCUACAAUAGAGCUCCCAUUGGAAGAUGAGCUUGUUUCACAAAGUCUGCCUAGUGAACACAGUAGUACAGCCACUAUGGAAGGGAGUGUUUUAAGUAACUGAGGAAUGUGAAAACAGAUCAAUGCCUGCAGACCUGGUACGUUUAGAAAAAUCACAUUUUGUAUAUGUAUAUAAUAUAUAUAUAAUAUGCCUAAGGGUACACCCUGCUAUAUUUGAACCUUGCCAUCCAUACUUUGGGACAGUGCACUGAUCCUGGAAAGGGAUCUCCGAGGGUUUCAAAUGCACUCUGUUAAAGUCUUGAUGAAAUGGCUUAUGUUGUAUAUGCACUGCAGCACAACAGACAUACCCAGAUUCAAGCCCCAGGGCUGGUCUCUGGGUCUGAACUAACUGUAGCUUAUUUUAUGUUAAAUGAAAUUACAAAUUGUACACUGUGGACAAGACACCAGUCCAUAAUAGGGGAGCCAC